AUGCCUUUUGCUUGUAUACUUUUGUGCUGUAACAGCAAGCAAAAACCAGUUAAAAAGAAGACAAAAAACACAACCAACACUGGAAAAAAGAUUGCAUUUCACAGGUGAGGCGUUCAGGAUAUUUGAAAAUAACAACAACAGAUUUAAUCCUAUCACAUUGUAAAAAUAAACAUAAAUACACAUAUAAAAUAUUAAAUAAAUACUUUUAAGUCACAUAAUUUGAGAAUAAAUUGUCACAUAUUUGUGCAAUUAAGCAAUUGUAUUUAAUUAAAUUUUAUAUAAACAUUACUGUUUACAGCUGCUACACUAUGGUAUGUACAGUACAAGGCUAUGAAGUACUAAGGCCAACUACUAAUUAAUUUUAAAGUAGAGACUAGCAUCAGCUAAGGAUCUAAUUAAAUACAGAUAUAAAGUAAGCAUAUACGUAUGACAUACACUCAUGCAUUGUAAUUUACACUGCAUUUAUUUAGAUUCCCUCUAAAUAACCCAAAAGUUCUUGGAAAGUGGGAGAAAGCAGUCUGCGAAGUAAACAACUCCCCUGAUUGGAAAGCAACACGAUAUACAUACAUCUGCAGCAAGCACUUCCCACAAUCCGAUUACAUUAUUCCUCCUUCUGAAAAUGAAAGCUGCAGGUUGAAAUUCACAGCUGUACCCACUAUAUUCAAUUCGUCAAGUAACCCAGUCUAUGGCAUCCCUAACAAAUUAAGAAAAAAGAUAGAAUAUCCAUGUAAUCUAGAGGUGUUGACAACCGUAUCAUCUCUUGAUAUUGUCAGCCAUGGCCAUACCUACUGCAAAAAAGCCAACACCAUAGAAGAUUUGGAAGAAGACCAAGAUAGGAAAACCCUAGAGGAUAAACUAAAAAUAAAAAUAAAAGGCUUGCAGCAACAAUUAAGACGAACUAAAGCCAGAAAACAGACCAUGGGAGAUAUUAUACAAGAGCUACAACAAAAGCUUCUUAUCUGUCAAGAUGAUGCAGAACUACUUUCGGCAAAAUUUGAUGGGGUGCAACUUGCCAUUUUCAGAGACACAAAAAAUAAUGUUAGCUGUGAUCCUUGUGGGAGGAGAUAUGUAGACGUUGUCAAAGAAUUCGCAACAACAUCAAAUUACUACUCACCAAAAGCAUACGAAUAUGUAAGGUCAAUAAUUCCAUUACCACAUCCAUCACUUAUUAGAAAGUGGUCAAGUGUUGUUGAGUGCAAUCCAGGAUUCUUUAAAGAGUCAUUUAAAUCCCUAAAAAAGGAAGCAUUGCUCAGUCCUGAAAAGAAAACUGUUGUCUUAUAA